AAAGUUGGAUUGGAUUCCAUUUUUAUCACUGCCUGUGUAAGACUGCCUCUGUCCCUCCUCUCACAUGCCAUUGGUUAACCCACAGACAGUAUGUCCAGGGAUGUUGCCAGCUAAUUGCUCUUAUAGCCUGUGAGGGAGGAAGAAAGAAACAUUUGCCAACCAGGCCAGUGACAGAAAUGGAUUCGAAACAUCAGCGUGUGAAGCUGAAUGAUGGUCACUUCAUGCCCGUCCUGGGAUUUGGCACCUAUGCGCCUGCAGAGGUUCCUAAAGAUAAAGCUCUAGAGGCCACCAAACUGGCGAUAGAAGUUGGGUUCCGCCAUGUUGAUUGUGCACAUAUUUAUAAUAAUGAGGCGCAGGUUGGAUUGGCCAUCCGAAGCAAGAUUGCAGAUGGCAGUGUGAAGAGAGAAGACAUAUUCUACACUUCAAAGCUUUGGAGCAAUUCCCAUCGACCAGAGUUGGUCCGACCAGCCUUGGAAAGGUCACUGAAAAAUCUUCAAUUGGACUAUGUUGACCUCUAUCUUAUUCAUUUUCCAGUGUCUCUAAAGCCAGGUGAGGAGAUGAUCCCCAAAGAUGAAAAUGGGAAAGUACUGUUUGACACAGUGGAUCUCUGUGCUACGUGGGAGGCCAUGGAGAAAUGUAAAGAUGCAGGAUUGGCCAAGUCCAUCGGGGUGUCCAACUUCAACCGCAGGCAGCUGGAAAUGAUCCUCAAUAUGCCAGGGCUCAAGUACAAACCUGUCUGCAACCAGGUGGAAUGUCAUCCUUACCUCAACCAGAGAAAACUGCUGGAUUUCUGCAAGUCAAAAGACAUUGUUCUGGUGGCCUAUAGUGCUCUGGGAUCCCAUCGAGAAGAACAAUGGGUUGACCAGAACUCCCCGGUUCUCUUGAAGGACCCAGUCCUUUGUGCCUUGGCAAAAAAGUACAAGCGAACCCCAGCCCUGAUUGCCCUGCGCUACCAGCUGCAGCGUGGCGUUGUGGUCCUGGCCAAGAGCUACAAUGAGCAGCGAAUCAGGGAGAACAUGAAGGUGUUUGAAUUCCAGUUGACUUCAGAGGACAUGAAAGCCAUAGAUGACCUAGACAGAAAUAUACGAUAUUUGACCCCUGUUAUUUUGGCUGACUCCCCUGAUUAUCCAUUUUCUGAUGAAUAUUAACAUGGAGGGCAUUGCAUGAGGUCUCCCAAAAGGCCCUACAUGUGGAUGGUGACACAGAAGAUGUCUCCAUGCUGGUGACUGGACACAUCGCCUCUGGUUAAAUCUCUCCUGCUUGGCCACUUCAUCAAGCUACAGCUAAGCCCAUCAGCCAGAAAAGAAAGACAAUAAUUUUUUUCUCAUUUUGAAAAAAUUAAAUGUUCUCUCCUAAAGAUUCUUCACCUA